GCAGACGGACUUGGCUGGCGUCCGUUAACCAUCCAUCACCAUUCCUGCCCUUGACGUGCAUACGUCUCGCGCCAAUCGCGUCGAUUCAUCGAGGGCGAUCAAGGGAGCGCGACCGUGACGCGGCACAAGGGACGUGACGAACGUGAACACGUCGGAAAGAGAGGCAAGCAGGACCGCCCGUUGGCCUUCUCUCGCUCGCGGGUCUUCACGUCGCGUGUUUUGUGGGACCUCUCGGUCCUUCGAUCGCCGUUCCUUUGUCAAGCAGGUCGGACUGCGCGAAGGUUUAUCAGCGAUCCGCCCGGUUCGCAUCCAUUCUCUCGGCUAUUCUGAUGAUCCCUUCGGCAGCGCAAAUGGCAAAAGAGAAUAGAACGCGUGGCCACAGGAACAGCAAGAGACAAGCGACAUCAUCGUCAACAUGAUGGCCUCGCCGGCAGCGCCGCCUUCAGGCCCUGCUGGUGGGGGGGAGGCGAUGGUCACGUCUUCGACACCAACCUCAACUACGCAGGUGUCAUCAUCGCAACCAACACCACCACCACCAUCACAAUCACUACCACCGUCACAGUCGUCGGCAUCCGGGCCAUCUCCGCCGCCAGCAGCAGUGCAGCAGCUGACGAAGAGCGACGAGCCCUUGGCGUCUACAUCCGCAGUCACACUCGACCAUACAGAACCCGUUGCAUCGAAUGAGCCCCCAACACAAAUCAAAGAAGGAUUGGAUGAUGACGAGAAUGCACAAUUGCUCGUCUCUCUCGCAAACGGCGUCUCCAGCCUCGUAGGUUCGGGAUCGGGCCCGGAAGCAGAGCCAGGCAAAGGGACAAGCACAGAAGCGAUUCUAUCUGCUCUUGCAAUGUCCGCGCCUGGUGCUUCGGAUGGAAUCAAAUUAGAGGACAGCGAGAUGGCAAUGGCCCCAGAGAGCAACGGAGCUAUCGACGGCGCAUUCGCACAGGAGGAGGAUACUCAGGAACAUGGGGGGCCUAUCCAGGCUUAUGCCAAACUCGAAUUCCCAGGGUUCAGCUACUACAUCCAGACCCUUGACUUUACAGUCGGGAGAAGACCGGCACAUAUUCGGCCUGCUGCAGACUCGGCGACGGCUUCGCGACAGCACAUCACGGGGGCACAAAAGGCCGAAGGAGACGUCGACGUCGACCUUGGGCCCUUGAAGUCAAUCUCCAGGCUCCACGUGCGCAUCUUCUAUCAAGACCAACCGGCUAUGCCCUUGCCUCAGAUUCUGCCGCCAGGAAGGAGCAUGUCGGAAGAGAUGGACCGCGAAGACUUUCAGGAUCAGGGCCGCUUUGUGCUUCAAGUCAAUGGUCGCAAUGGGGCCUUUGUCGAUGACGUCUACGUAGGCAAAGAUGGCAUCGUACCGCUGGGAAAGAGAACCAAGAUUCAAAUUGCUGAGCGAGUGUUCUACUUUGUCUUGCCGCCCUCCCACCCUCCCGCUGGCUCGCACAUCGAUGACGACGACGAAGAGGGUAGCGACGAUCUCGAAGCUGUUACUGACGAGGAGGACGAGGAAGACGACGAUGACGCCCUCUCUGGUUCCGAGGAUGAAGAAAGCUCUUCGAACCUGUCAAGCGACGGGGAAGAGGACGAGGAGGAGGAUGAAGAGGAAGAGGCUGAAGAGGAAGAGGAUACCAAGGCGUCCGGAAAGCAAGCGCGGGCAAGACCGAAACUGGUAUUGAAGCGAAGACAAGGAGGAAAGGGCAAGGGCAAAGGCAAAGGGACUGGCAAGCCAAAAUGGGCGACAAAGAGCGUAGCUGCCAAGGGUAAGAGACCCAAGAUGGAAGUGGACGAGGAGGAGGAGGAAGAAGCAGAGGAAGAAGCAGAGGAGUCAGACGAGGGAGAGCCGGAGGAAGACGAGGAGGAGGAGAAGGCUGGCAAGCUCUCAACGGGAAAGAAGACAGGAAAGAGAUUAAAGGCCUCGAAGAAGGAGGCCGCAUCGGCUCAGGCAGAGAUGACCGGCCGCAAGAGGAAGAGGGGCGACGCCGGAGCCCAGGACGAAGAGAAGGAAGCGGCCCUCAAGGUUGGCACCCCCAUUGGCAUCGAGGCCCUCCAAGCGGAGAGGAGGGCAGCGAAAAAGAAGAAGAAGGACCAGGAUCCGAAGGUCAACGACGAAGCGGCCACCCAGCCUCCAAAGGGCAAGGGCAAGGGCGGCGGAAAGGCGGCCAUUGCGGCAGCUGCCGUUGCGGCAAAAGCAAAGGCGGACGAAGAAAAGAGCGCUUCGCCUGCUUUGAAAUUGAAGCCUGUUGCCGCUGUCUCGCCAUCUCCGACGUCGGCCGCUGCCCCACAAAUGCAGCCGAUUCGACCUCCGAGCCUUCAGGGUCAGAGCGUCAUGCCCAGCGCUUCCUCGUCUGCUGCCCAAGGUGUUGCUGGCAGUGCUGGUCCUACUACAGGGCCCGUGCGGCCAGCAACCAAUGGCCCAUCUCUUCACCAAUUCUAUCCUGUUUCUGGGCAGCAGCCAGGCGCAGCAACAAACGCGAGCGCGAGACCCCCGCUUUCAUACCCAUUGCAGCCGCCGCGUCCACCGAUGGCUCAGAACCAAGCCUCGCCAGGUGUCUCUCCCAGACCUGCCGUACCUGCAUUUCCCCCCUCAGCAGCUGCGUUUGCCCAUCUCGCCGCCAACACCCCGUCAGCGGCACCUCAGACGCCCAAGUUGCCCGAGGGACCGGGCGAAAAACCGGAGCUCAGUACGCUGCAGCUCAUCAUUGAUGCCCUCAAUUCGCCACUCUCACUCAGCCGUGGCGGCAAGCUGACGUUGCAGGAGAUCUACGACGAUAUCACAGGCCGUUACGAAUGGUAUCGGAAUAAUGGACGUCAAAAUGGAAGAGACUGGCACAGCUCUAUCCGACACACCGUCGGCUCGUCCCGCGAUGUGACCAAGAUCACUCGCCGACCAGACGAGCCUGGAAAGGGCCUCUUCUAUGCGAUGGUGACGAGCGAAGCAGCGGCAAGGAGCAGAGCAUCGCCAUACAAUCAACAGGCGAUGUCGCCCACGCCUCCUCCGCAUGCAAACAGCUCGUUCAGACCCCCGCUGUCCUCGUCGUCUGCUUCUCCAAUGUCGCCUGCUAUCCAGCAGCAGCAGGCGACAGCCUCUGCCUCUGCUUCGCCAAGGCCGGGCGGUCCUGCACCUUCGUUCAUCCCUGCGACUGCUCAGAACCUCCAGAGGCCGCCGGCGGGACUUACCCCUUCGCCUGCACGGCCGCCGGCUCAGCAGCCGCCCCAUCAAAUCACCUCGGCACGUGUUCCGAUCGUCAUCGGGACUGCGCCAAAGGAGGCGCUCGAGCAGAUGAAAUCGGCUCCCAAGGCUGCCAUCACCGAGAGCAUCGAGGCGCUGUUUGGAGGGCCACCGAUUGUGCACCACGAGGGCAAGCUGUACCUCAGCCCCCAGGUGUUUGGCCACAUGAGUCGCGAAGAGAUUGCAGAUAUUGGCGGCAAAGGUGCACAGCAGGCCCUGGCCAUUCUUCAGAGUCACCUCGUCAAGCACCUGCAGACGUUGCAGGCCAAGAUGGCUGCCGGUCAAGCGCCACGGCCGCCCGCUCCUACUACGGCGCGCCCAUCUGGCCCUCCCGCGCCUGCUCGUCCUCCCAUUCAGCAGCCACAACAGCAGCAGCAACAGCAGCGACCCAUGCCCCGCCCAGGGCAGCCGUUGCAGCCCCCGCAGCAGCAACCGGGUCGUCCGCCUCAGCAGCACAUGAUGGGUCAGCGACCGCCGCAGCCGAUGGGACGCCCUCCGCUUGGAGGACAGGCGCCAGGUGGGCCAGGACGCCCGCCUCAGGGCGCUCCUUCGAGCUACCGACCGCCCACGGCCAGUAAUGCACCAGCUCCCCGCCCUAUGCCAGGGCGGCCACCUCUGAGCAGCGCUCCUGCGCCAGGAGCGCCAACUCCUGCUCGCCCUCCGGUACCCGCGAACCAACAGCAGCAGCCUGGACAAGGACAGCCACCGCGCCCAGGGCUGCCAAUGUCGCGUCCACCUGCCCCAUCGAUGAACGCGCCGGCGCCUGCGCCACGGCCAAGAAUUCCCGUGAGCAACCAGCCUGCUCAAGCAAGGCCCCCUGGCCAGCAGCAGCAGCCCUCAGGACCAAGGCCAGCACCAUCUUCGCUCACCAAGGCAGAUGCAGACACCCUCUUGGCCCUUUUACAGAGGCCAGGAGGUGCAUCCGAUCUGAGCAAAUUGACGCCGUCGCAGCUCGAGCUCUUACAGAGGGCGGGUCGCAUCGCCGCCCAGCAGCAGCAACAGCAGCAGCAGCAGCAAGGUAGUACGCCAAGACCCAAUCCUGGUCCAGGGCCCUCUCAGAACCCUGCAGCUCGUCCGCCACCACCGCGCCCGGCUGCUGCUGGUGCAGCGGCUUCACCGGCCCCUCGAGCAAGCGCACCUCCACCACGACCACCACCGAACGAAGCCCCUCGGCCUCGGCCACCGGCACCGCCUCGAUGAUUGCGUCCAGAACACCAUCCCUCGUCUGGAAAUUCCCCCCACCACGAAGCUGUUGUCCCCAUUUCUUGUUUUUGUUCUGUACUCUAUCAAAUAUCACAAUGCAUCAACAACAACCAAU